GCUAUCCUCCGACAAGACAUCAGUUGGUUCGACACCAAGACAUCCGGCGAUUUUGCCACUAAAGUCACGGCCGAUUUGGAUAAACUUCAAGAGGGUGUUGGAGAUAAGGUGGGACUUUGCAUAUUCUCCUUCUCAACAGUAUUGUGUUCAUUGGGAACAGCUUUUUAUUAUGGAUGGGAACUGACACUUGUCAUACUCUCAGUCACACCUGUUCUUAUCAUCUCAUUCAGUAUUAUCGCAAAGAUUCAGGCCCGAUAUUCAACAACAGAAGCCGAUUCUUAUGGAAAAGCCGGUGCUGUGGCCGAAGAGGUAUUGGGAGCCAUUCGGACGGUGUAUGCGUUCGAUGGACAACAGAAAGAGAUCGACAGAUACGACAAGAACUUGGAGCCCGCGAAGAAGAGUGGUGUCAGGCGUUCACUAUUCACGGCAUUAGGUCUGGCAAUGAUGUGGUUAUGCAUAUACUGU